AUGGCCCAUUCUACUGACUGGCAUCAGCCGGGCGUGGAAAUACUUGACUUUAAACACGCGGUCGCAUCAAUUUCAGAUAUCCCUGAUGCCAUUCUACAAGCAGAACUUUCCCACCGCGCCAGCAUUCGAGACACAGCCGGUGAAAAAGCAGAAUGUGGCUCAACAGAGCGAGCACUUUAG